AUGGGAUUAAGUCAGCAUCGACAUACGAAAUAUACGGAUGAUGAUACCUCCAGCAACUCGUCUGUUUCUUUGACAUUGACGGAACAGAGUCCAUUACUUUCCUAUAAAUCCACAGAGAAUGCAUCUUACAAGGAAGAAUUUCAAUGGAUGCUCGUCAAUAGUCUUCCCAUCAUCGGCACCUAUCUUCUUCAAAGCUCGUUUCAAAUGGCCAGUAUUUUUACUCUCGGUCAUCUGGGUCCAUUGGAACUGGGUGCUUCCGCUUUAGGUUCCAUGUUCGCUACGGUGUCAGCCUGGAGUAUUACUUACGGAACAAGCACAGCUCUCGAUACCCUGUGUUCGCAAGCAUGGACAGGUGCCCGUGAUAAAACGCUUUUGGGCAUUCACCUUCAGCGCGCUUUACUAGUCCUUGCCAUUUUAUUUAUCCCCAUCUCAAUAACAUGGUGGAAUGCCACACGUUUACUCAUAUUUGUCAAUCAAGAUCCCGAUCUCGCCGCCCUUGCAGGUCUGUUCCUGCGGUAUUUGCUUAUCGGUGCGCCGGCAUAUAUCAGUUUUGAAGCGAUCAAGAAAUUUUGUCAGGCUCAGGGCAUCAUGGAAGCUUCGACCUAUGCUCUCUUCGUGACAUCUCCAAUUAAUCUCGGCCUGAAUUAUCUAUUCGUUUAUUGUCGACCUUUCCAGCUUGGUUUCAUUGGUGCGCCAUUGGCGACUAGUUGCAGCUAUUGGUUAAUGCUGUGUUUUUUAUUGAUCUACAUCUAUUAUUGCCGAGGCUAUGAAGCCUGGGGCGGUUGGACUCGCGAAUGCUUGCGGGAUUGGUGGCCUUUCCUACGUCUAGCCAUCCCGGGCAUUUUGAUGGUGUGUACCGAAUGGUGGGCAUUUGAACUGGCCGCUCUCGCCGCUUCGUAUCUUGGCACAAUCGAUUUAGCCGCGCAAUCCAUUCUAUUGACCUUGGUUUCGGCAACGUAUACCAUUCCUUUUGGUAUUGCUGUGGCAGCAGCUAACCGUGUGGGCAAUGCUUUGGGAGAAGGGCACGGUCAAAAAGCUUACCGUGCUUCCAUUGUUACCUUGUUAUAUGCUGUCAUCUUUGGCGCUUUGAAUUCUCUAUUUUUCAUUGUUGGACGGACAUGGCUUGGCUAUCUUUUCACCUCGGAUAAACCGGUCAUCGAUGCGGUUGCAAAUAUCUUGCCGCUGCUUUCCUUAUUCCAGAUCGCCGACGGGUUAUGUGGUGUGUGCGGAGGCGUGAUUCGCGGACUGGGUCGGCAAAAUAUUGCGGCUUGCAUCAACUUGUUUGCCUAUUAUCUCGUGGCUUUACCGGCGGGUUUCCUUUUGACUUUCCGGGCCACUUGGGGUCUUCAAGGCAUUUGGUCCUCUCUGUCACUGGCUCUAUUCCUUGCCGCCAUUGGUGAAUGCGGAUUUCUUUUCCACAUUGAUUGGCAUCGAGAAGCUAAAAAUACGAGACAGCGUAUACGGAAAGAAGAACAAUUUUACGUCCAUACCGAAAGUGAUCCGGAUACCGACAGCACCGUAGAAGUUUAA